CACUCUCAAAACUUGGAAGUAGAUCAAAGGCAGCCUCCGUCCCUGCGAACGGUCCAAAGUUCAAAGAUCUCCCAUAAACCCUAGCAACGAAACAGGUACACUAUGGCUGAAGCAGAGGAGAUGUCAUUGAAAGAUAAAGGUAACGAGUUCUUCAAAGCAGGCAACUACCUCAAAGCAGCUGCUCUUUACACUCAGGCCAUCAAACAAGACCCUUCUAAUCCCACUCUUUACAGCAACCGUGCUGCAGCAUUUCUACAACUGGUUAAGCUUAGCAAAGCACUUGCUGAUGCAGAGAUGACUAUCACAUUGAACCCCCAGUGGGAAAAGGGUUAUUUCAGAAAAGGAUGCAUAUUGGAGGCCAUGGAACGAUACGAUGAUGCUUUAAGUGCCUUCCAGACAGCUUUGCAAUACAAUCGACAGAGUGCAGAAGUAUUAAGAAAGAUCAAGAGGAUUUCCCAGUUGGCAAAAGACAAACAACGAGCCCAAGAAGUUGAGAAUAUGAGAUCAAAUGUUGAUAUGGCGAAGCAUUUGGAUGCCUUGAAAUCAGAAAUGUCUGAGAAGUAUGGAUCUGAAGAAUGUUGGAAGGACGCCUUUUCUUUUCUUGUUGAGACAAUGGAGACAGCUGUGAAGUCUUGGCAUGAAACGUCUAAAGUGGAUGCUAGAGUCUAUUUCCUUCUUGAUAAAGAAAAGACAGACACUGAGAAGUAUGCUCCAGCUGUCAAUAUUGAUAAGGCGUUUGAGUCACCGCAUACACACAGCAGUUGUUUUUCAUUUCUAAGGCAGUAUGCUGAGGAUUCUUUCUCUAGCGCAGCUUGCCUAGUGGCACCAAAAAGCAUUAUAUCUUACCCUCAGGUUUGGAAAGGUCAAGGAUCAAGAAAGUGGAAACAUGGGCAACAUGAUGGUUUCUUUGUUCAAUUUGAGUCACCCCUCGUGCGAAAACUAUGGUUUAUACCUAGUUCCAAUGAAAAGGGGCAAGUAUUGUGCAGGGACCCGGAGGUUUUGGACAUCAGUGCCCAUGAAGUGCUUCCACGUAUAUUCAAAGAGAAGCUUUCCGGUUCGUAAUAGCCAUUUGUAUUAGUUUGGUACUUAACAAAGGAAAAAGGUUGGCACAGACUUAACUAGGAGAGUAGCAUAUAUCGUGAAACAUGGUGGUAAACAUCGGGGUGCCUGCUUUUGACUUGUGUUGGUAUGCAAGGCCUCAAGUGGAUGUGUUAAUUUUGAUGAAAAGUGGUCUCUUAGCAUACCAUUCCUGCACUCACUUCUGAACUCUGGAGAUUUUGCUGGGCUUGUUGAGUAAUUGCUUUUUGCCAACAUACUUUACUGUAAAGUUGAUUCCUGUAUUUUU